GGCGGCGACGGUCUGUGCAAACGCGGUGGCGGCUGCCGUGCAAGCGGAUGGGACUGGGGCAACGGGGGUGCGUGCAGGUUGAAAGUAGCCUCUCGCUUGGUGCUCGCGGACGACGGUUUGGACGGUUGUUGACGGGCUAGACCCCCCUGCAGGAGGCCCACCAUCGAAGAAGCCGUACCCUCCGCAAUCAGGACCAACGUCCUUGAGAACUGCGGGACUUGGAUCGCCCCCACCGUAUUGGGGGGUGGGGGGGCGAGGGUGCUGCGCUGCCGGAGCGCCCUAGAAUCGGUGGUCAGACGACUGACGAAAUCGGCCGAAUCGAGGUUGGCGUCUUGCUUGAACCUGGCGAAGACGUCGGCCUCGCGGCCCUUGAACUCGGCGCAGUGGCGGGACGAGUACCGGCGGAGGUUCUCGGAGAUCCUGAAGAGUUCCCGGAAAAACAGGCCAACUCGGUCGGCCCCGGCCGCAGAGGCGCCCGCCAUGCCGUCCUUGAUGAAGACUUCCAGGACGCGAAUGAAGGUGUCGAGAUGCACGUCGAACGUGCGUGUCACCGCNACGUCCCGGAUGAUGUGGUCGAACUCGCCCCCCGUCAUGACGAAAGGCGAGAAGGUAGCGCCUCGCAUUAGGUACAGGGCCGCUUGGUCGUCCUUUUCCCAUGUGCGGCCCUCCAGCUUUUGGGCUUCUUUCAGCCGAUGGGCAUUGUAUACAGGCGCGGCCCCCGGGAUGCUCGCGAGCUGUUGGUAUCCCUGGGGCGCGGCCGACUGGUGCAUGGUCCCCCAUGCGGGCGCACAAGGUUCGGAGCAAGAGGAUCAGGGCGGAGUGGAGCGUGUAGAAUUCAGUGUACGACGACUGCGUCGACGACCAGCAUGGGACGCGGAGUCUGGUGGUCCAUCUUUCUCGACCAGCCGCUCUUCAGUCCAUCUGGAGGAGGGGAGGGGGGACAGGGACUCAAUGCAUUGGCAGUCCCCGACGGACUGGGGGCCCAACCGGGAUGGAGCUGCAGCAGCCGGUACUGGCGGCCUUAGUAUGGGGGUGUUCGGCUUGAACGGGAUGGGAUUGCGCACGGGAACUGGGAGAUCAGUCAUGGGAGGUGNACCAGCCGCUCUUCAGUCCAUCUGGAGGAGGGGAGGGGGGACAGGGACUCAAUGCAUUGGCAGUCCCCGACGGACUGGGGGCCCAACCGGGAUGGAGCUGCAGCAGCCGGUACUGGCGGCCUUAGUAUGGGGGUGUUCGGCUUGAACGGGAUGGGAUUGCGCACGGGAACUGGGAGAUCAGUCAUGGGAGGUGCGCCGGUAUCCCCGGCCAAUGUAUCAGCAGCUAUAAUAGCAUCGCACCUCGACAGGGUGCGCGCACGGGCGUAGGCAGGUUACCCCUAGGAGGUGAGCCAAUGUCCCCGACUUCUUUGUCUAGGGCGACGUGUGGAACAACGAUUGCGCCUGUAUCCCCGGCGACUGUGACGGCAGCCGGCAUGGCCCCUCGCCCAGGUGCGAACCAACCGCGUUCGCCGCUUGCAAUGCCCAAGUUUAUUCCGAUAGGCACGGCCUCAGCACCCCAGACCAUAGGCACCAGUGGAGGAGCGGGUGAGAAGAGAGCGGCGGGAUCACCUCUACAUGAGGACCUCAACUCAUCCCUGGAACACGAGAGCAACAGUCUUGGGCUGCCGACGCCAGCAUGUCGUCCAGCAUCUCGACGGGGGGAAGCCAGACGAUGCCACGGAUGUAGGACGAAAUAUCCCAGGCAAGGCAUUGAAAAUGCUUGCGGAAAUUUGGCAUGCUGCUAUAGGCUGUGCCAAAAAUGCUUGGAACGAUGGACGGAACAGUCUAGACGUGAUGAAUUUCAGUGCUGCCUACAUCAUGUACGCCUGUGGUGCCCGUGCAAAAAGUGAGGAUGCAUUGUGUCAUGUUACAAGGUCGUGUCACACCGUUCAUAAAAUAUGUCGGUGACACAAGUAAAGGAGAUGUCGUUGAGCUCUUGCAUAAAAUAUUAUAAUAUCCAGAGAAAGUCAAAGAUAAGAGGCCGUUUGGCUUGCACAACGUACAGCAACCGUUCCUCAAGUCCACCUCGGCUCUCGAGUAAUGAGUCGCGUCGGCAUAGAGGAAAUAACUGAAUGAGUUAAGGGGUGUGCUUCGGAAAGUGAUGGGAGCAUGAAGUGUUGUUUUUAUCAUUUGCCGUACACCUUUUCCUGGACAUUUUUUCCUGAAGACCCAUGCAGUAGUUCCAGCCCCGGAAGAAGCAUGGGACAUAUUGGUAACCUGUCGGCAUGAUCUACGCAUAGUGCCCACAGUUGGUGCCAAUCCAACACACAAUCCCCAUUCUGUCGCGUUUCCGUCACCGCCUAAAAGCCGGACAAGGGUCAGGACAGGACCCGUCGCGGUGUUGGACCGAUCGACGCAAGCGAAGACCCGCCAUGUGCGCACGAGCGUUUUCGAGUUUCCGGCGCGGUCACCUCCAGUCGUCACCGCCGCAACGACAGCUCUCAGUGCCACACCAACCUCGGGGACGGGUACGACAUACUCGCUGUGCACCUCGGUCAGCCUUCACUGGGUGGCGGGGAUCAAGGCUGGUAACAGAUACAUGUGCUCAAGG